ACUGUGUUCCGCAUUUGUUGGGAGUUUUCUCCAUCAUGGCAGAGAAUGGUGGCCUUGAUUUCGUGUUGGGGAUCGAUUUGGGCACAACCACUGUCAAAGUGGCAUUAGUAGAUAGUAAAGAUAACACUGUUGUGCAGACUUUAUCAAGGGAAACCAAGGCAACUGUUCCCAAUGAUUUAGGUCCUCUGGGUGAUGAGCAGGAUCCAGAACGUGUCCUUACUGCACUGCAGUUCUGUGUAUCAGGCCUUCCUAAAGAAAAGUUACUCCGCGUCAGUCGGGUUGGCAUCUCCGGGCAGAUGCACGGCAUUAUAUUCUGGAAGUCCCGAGCAGGAUGGACCCAGAAUAACUUCGGAAGGUUUGACCCAGAUAAAACGAGUCAACUUUUUACGUGGCAGGACGGGAGAUGCACAAAAGAUUUCUUAAGUAAACUACCGGAGCCCGACUCGCAUUUGCGGUUAGCCACAGGAAUGGGCUGUGCAACAGUUUUCUGGUUUAUGGAAAAUAAACCGUCUUUUCUCGAGGAUUAUGACUGCGCUGGGACGAUUCAAGACUUUGUUGUCGCAAUGUUGUGUCAUUUAGAACGACCCGUCAUGUCCAUCCAGAAUGCCGCCAGUUGGGGAUACUUCGACACAGUUUCCAAGCAGUGGAAUAGUGAAAGAUUAUCAGCUGCUGGUUUCCCAAUCCACUUCUUACCAAAAGUCUGUGAUACAGGAACAUUAGUCGGCCACCUCGAGUGUGCAUGGUACAAUAUCCCUGAGGGGACACCGAUUGGUGCUGCUUUUGGUGAUCUUCAGUGCUCAAUGUACUCUAGCCUUCAACAAGAACAUGAUGCAGUGCUCAACAUCAGUACGUCAGCUCAGUUAGCAUUCCAAAUGCCAACAGACUUCGUCCCUCCUUCCACGAACCCUGACGAUACCAUAAACUACUUCCCUUACUUCAAUGAUCGCUACUUGGCGGUAGCUGCCAGUCUAACUGGGGGUAACACCAUGGCUGCAUUUGUCAAGAUGUUACAACAGUGGACGCAUGCACUGGGCUUGGGUGUACCAGAGAAUAAAAUCUGGGAACGUGUCCUCGCAUUGGGUCAGGAGUGCCACGACACCGACUUAGAGAUAGUUCCAACCAUCUACGGCGAGCGCCACAAACCCGACCAGCACGCAUCCGUCACACAUAUAUCAACCCUGAAUUUGACCUUGGGGAGUGUCUACCGGUCACUUUGUCGUGGGAUUAUCUCGAACUUGUAUAGUAUGAUGUCAUCCGAGUUUCUAAUUGGAUCAAAUAUCAAGCGGAUAGUUGGAAGUGGAUCUGCUUUGACUAAAAACUGUGUUCUCCAGGAGGAAGUGGAGGGACACUACAAGCUCCCUGUUACCUAUGGCAACGGUGUGGAUGCGGCAGUAGGUGCUGCACUAGUCAUCCUCAAACAUUGAUGACCAUUAACCCUUUUUGAACCUUAUGAAUUCAUAUAGUGCCAAUUUGAUACCUCACUGUGUGAAUGUCUAGGCUAGUGUGAUUGUGGAUACAGCCUUGGCUAGUGUGGUUGGGCAUACAGCCACAUAUUUAAAGAUCUUUCAAAUAUCUCACAUUCGGACAAUGGAUCACAUUUGGAAAAUGUAAAAGUUGGAUGGCUUAUUGCUGCUAUAAGCAAGAGAAAAUUGCCUGUCUGCUUGUUCUUGUGAUAUGCAAUAAAAUUAGGGUGGUUUGUUGCACUUUGAAGGGAUGACCGAUUUCUGUCUCUGGGAAUUUUUCCAAUAUUUGUCGCAUGCACGUCACUGAGUUAACAAUACCUAGUCUGCAGGUCUUUAGUACUGCUUCGAGUGUUGACCAUGAAAUAUUAUUUAGUGUCACUCAAAGUGGAAAGGAGCUCAACUUCUGCGCUCUUCACGAUUAACUUCUAUAUCCUCUUAUAGAGGAAUAAGUUGUAUUGUACAUACAUGUAAUGAGCACUUAUGAACCUAGAUUUCAUUUCUAGGACCACCGUACUGUCAAUACUGUCUCGUUUUAUAAAUUUCUCAAUAAAAAUCUAUAGACAUUUUCAA